UUGCCAUUCCAGGAGAACUCUUUUGUCAUACUUUUAUCUCUACUAAGUUCAUCUAUGGAGGAGAAUGAGAAGAAGAAGAUAGAAACGACGUCGUCCGAGUCGCCGCCAGGAUGAACGAACUUCCGGGUUCUUUAGGUACCACCGCAAGCUUGGCGUUGCGAUUAGGCCAAGCCAUAUUCUCUGUCUCAUCCCUACUUUUCAUGUGUUACAAUGUUCAAUUCAACAACCUUCCUCCAUUUUGUUUCUUGGUGACGAUCAUGGGAUUGGUGUUACCAUGGAGUAUGACAUUUGCUUUGGUGGAUUUAUAUUCGAUAUGUAUCAUCAAAUUGAAUUCUCGUCAAGCUGGAUUAAUGUUUGUGAUUGUGAUUGGAGAUUGGAUAUUAUCUAUGCUUACUCUUGCUGCAGCAGGAUCUGUAGCUAGUUUGACAGAUUUCUUGAUCAUGAGUAAUUCUCGAUUCUGUCAUGGAGAAUUCAAUUUGUGCGGUAGAUAUAAGCUUUCUGUGGCUAUGACAUUCUUGUCUUGGUCUCUUUCCUUAGCUUCUUGUCUUCUCAAUCUUUGGUUUAUUGCUUCUAUGUAACUAAUUCAUAUCAAGAAGAGAGAUCUUUCUUUUUAUAGGUUUGGUUUAUAACUUUAUAUAUAAUAGCUAGCUGGAUAUGCUGAAUAACAUGUUU